UUCUGGUGGAAUGUGGAAAACCUCAAUACUCCUCAUAAUCAUUUGGUUGGGCUGUGCCUGGCUGUAUUACGGAGCUAUUCUAAUUACUACAACAAUCCUUGAGACUGGAUGUGAUCCUCACUGUGGAAGUGUCAACCAGUCAUUAAACUCUGGCUAUCAAAACCUCACAAGUUCGUUUUACUUGAAAAUCACUUGGACUCCUGCUGCAGAGUUCCCUGGUAUUAUAAUUACGCUGGUUAUAAUUGAAAUCGUUGGACGUAAGAUUACAAUGGCACUUGAGUUUGUUGGCUAUGUUAUAUUCUUUGGAUUGAUAUUAAUAUGUGUAUCAGAAACUCUGCCAGGAUUAUUCGUUCCUCUGUCUUUGGUCUAAAUGAAAAA